UGGACAAUAGCAAAAUAUGCUCCAAGAUUUAAUGGCUUUCAGCAGCAAGACUCCCAGGAGCUUCUGGCUUUUCUUCUGGAUGGGCUUCAUGAGGAUUUAAACAGAGUUCAUGAUAAGCCAUAUGUUGAACUGAAGGACAGUGAUGGUCGGCCAGACUGGGAAGUAGCAGCAGAGGCCUGGGAAAACCAUCUGAGAAGGAACAGAUCCAUCGUUGUGGAUUUAUUUCAYGGGCAGCUGAAGUCACAAGUGAAAUGUAAAACUUGUGGCCAUAUAAGUGUUAGGUUUGACCCUUUYAAUUUUUUAUCCUUGCCUUUGCCAAUGGACAGCUACAUGCACCUAGAAAUUACAGUAAUUAAAUUAGAUGGUACCACUCCUGUUCGAUAUGGGCUGAGGCUGAACAUGGAUGAGAAGUACACAGGCUUGAAAAAACAGCUGAGUGAACUCUGUGGCCUCAAACCAGAGCAGAUUCUGCUUGCAGAGGUGCAUAGCUCCAAUAUAAAGAACUUCCCCCAGGACAACCAGAAGGUUCGGCUGUCUGUGAGCGGCUUCCUGUGUGCAUUUGAGAUCCCCAUCCCCGGCUCCCCCAGCUCAGCAUCCAGCCCUGUGCAGACAGAGAUCUCAACGGGGCCAUCAGCCAAUGGAGCUGCCACCAUCCUGAUGAAUGGGGAUGUGUCCAAGCCCAGCCUCAUUGCCAACGGGAUGCCAAACACGGUGGUGCCCAGCUGGACCCUCAAYGGCCACGUGCCCUCGCUGGGGGACAGCCCCUGCACAGGCUACAUCAUUGCAGUCCACAGGAAAAUGAUGAGGACAGAGCUGUAUUUUCUUUCAUCUCAGAAGAACCGUCCCAGUCUCUUUGGGAUGCCAUUGAUUGUUCCCUGCACGGUUCACACCCGUAAAAAGGAUCUCUAUGAUGCUGUGUGGAUCCAGGUUUCCAGGCUGGCCAGCCCCCUCCCUCCUCAGGAAGCCAGUAACCAUGCCCAGGACUGUGAUGACAGCAUGGGGUAUCAGUACCCCUUCACCCUCAGGGUAGUUCAGAAGGAUGGAAAUUCUUGUGCUUGGUGUCCCUGGUACAGGUUCUGCCGUGGCUGUAAAAUUGAGUGCUCAGAGGACAGAGCCUGUGUGGGCAACGCCUACAUCGCCGUGGACUGGGACCCCACCGCACUGCAUCUGCGCUACCAGACCUCACAGGAGAGGAUUGUGGAAGAGCACGAGAGCGUUGAGCAGAGCCGCCGAGCCCAGGCAGAGCCCAUCAACCUGGACAGCUGCCUGAGAGCCUUCACCAGUGAGGAGGAGCUGGGAGAGGAUGAGAUGUACUACUGCUCCAAGUGCAAAACUCACUGUCUGGCCACCAAAAAAUUGGAUCUCUGGAGACUUCCCCCUAUUUUGAUCAUUCACUUGAAAAGGUUCCAGUUCGUUAACGGCCGCUGGAUAAAAUCCCAGAAAAUCGUSAAAUUUCCCAGAGAAAAUUUUGACCCAAGUGCCUUUUUGGUACAAAGGGAUCCRAGUCAUUUCCAAAGGAAGCAGCUCACCCUGCAGGUUGAGAGCCUUCCUGAAGCACGGACUGGCCAAGGGGACAGCAGGAAAACAGAUCUGCACAUCACUGGCACACCGGGAGAAGGGGACACGCUCAACAGGAGUCCAUCCUCCCUGAACACUGCUGUCCUGAAUAAUGUCAAAGCAUCUCCAUCCUUGGGGAGGAAAAGUGGAACCAGCUGCCCUUCAAGUAAAAACAGCAGCCCCAACAGCAGCCCAAGGACUUUGGGGAGAGCCAAAGGGCGCCUGCGGCUGCCCCAACUGGGCAAAACCAAACUGUCCAACAGCAAGGAGAACCUGGAUGCCAACAGGGAGAACGGCASCGAGCAGGAGCAGGGGGAUGCUCUGACCAAAGGACAGGUUUUGGGGGGCAGCCAGAGCGAGCUGUACCCCAGCCAGGAUGGCGAGGGGGCUCUGGCCAAUGGAUUCCUGUGGGAGCAGAGCUCGCUCAGCAACGGCGGCGUCAACGGCCAGGGGGACACCCAGAGCGAGGACGACGGCGCCGACGACCAAAGAGACGACGUCUGCGUCAACCCCAUCUACAACCUUUAUGCAAUCUCGUGCCAUUCAGGAAUUAUGGGAGGGGGUCAUUACGUCACUUAUGCCAAAAACCCGAACAACAAGUGGUACUGCUACAAUGACAGCAGCUGUAAGGAGUUGCACCCGGAUGAGAUCGACACGGACUCUGCCUACAUUCUGUUCUACGAGCAGCAGGGGGUGGACUAUGCCCAGUUCCUGCCCAARAUCGAUGGCAAGAAGAUGGCAGACACGAGCAGCAUGGACGAGGACUUCGAGUCCGACUACAAAAAGUACUGCGUGCUGCAGUGAGCCUGGGCUGCCAGGGACUGCUGGGACAAGGGAGGGAUUGCCCUUGGGGAAGGUGGGGCUGAGAUAACRGAGUGGUUGUCGUUGUCCCCAUGAGCUGAAAGCACAAAAAGAGCCCUGCUGAAGCAGUCGAUAUCCAGUAGUAUCGUUUUGUUCUGUUUUCUCACUACACGCUCGAAACGUUGCCGAUGUUGGACAUCYGAGACUGCCACUGGCCUUUAAACCCGAUGGUUUUGAGAAAAGCCAACCAGGACCAAAAUAAGAGCUAAAUUCAACAGUCCAAAUAAGAGCUGAAUGAAGUAGUGUAGAGUUUACCAACUGUUCUGACACCCCCCGAGGCUCUCGUUAGGUUUAAGGUAACGGGGAAAAACAAUUUGUAGUGUUGUCUUUGGGCAACAUGAUAUUGCUACCUCCUUUUUCCUGCAGUUUUAUUGCAUUUUAUUGGCAAAACGGGGAAGGCAAGAGAAGGAAAAGUGCACAAAUGGAAACAAUUGUCAUGGGGAAAAGAAGUUUCCAGUUUUGCCACCACUAAUGUGUGUCAGUUGCUUUCUUUCUGUAUGUUGGGAGCACAACCAAAUCAUCAUUUGAGAAGAGAUUUAAUUUCUACACUUGAAUGGUUUAUUAUAUUUGUGUUUUCUCCACGUGUUGGCUGUGCGGAUCAACAUGUUUCAGGAAUGGCUUUUCUGCCUGAAGAGYGCUGCCUCAAAACUUUUUUUGAGCUGCCUCGAGAAGAAACUUCAGGUUGGAGAGAGUAGUUGUGAUUACACUCACGGUGUCUUAAAAUGUGCACAUUGCACAAAAAAAGUUCCCAGCUUUUGGAAGGAGAGAUGCUUGAGCUUAUGUUUCAUGACUGGUGUUGCUUUUUAAAUUUGCACUUUUGAAAACGCAUCUGAUUCAAUUCAAACCCUCAGUUUGUUUUUUUUGUUUUGUUUUUUUUUUUUUUUGUUGUUGUUGUAAGGGCUCUGGAGUGAAUGGCUGUGAAUUUCCACUGUGUAUUUCAAAGGAAGAAGCUGUGGCUGUCAGGUAGCUGUCGUAGCAUUCAUGGAUGGAGGUUUUUUUUUUUUUAUUAUUGGUUUCCUAAUUCAGUUUCUUGUUUUCAAAAUUUGGUUGCCUUUUCAAAUGAUCUUUUUUUUUAUGGUUACAACAGGUUAUGCAAAUUGUUGCAAUUAAAGCAGACUUGCUUUCCAUGCCCUUGCAACAUGCUCUGAAAUUCAAGGGGCUUCUUGCAUGAGGGGAAGUGUGGCUGAGUCUUAGCAAAGACUGGAAAAAAAGAGGGUUGGUUUUUUUUUUUUUGAGCAGGCAUUUCUUUCAACAUUUUCAGUGUUCAAUUGUUUGCAUAUCUGAAUGAAGAUAAAAUUUUUCACACUUUAGGCCUUUUGUUCUUUGGCUGAAUUUAAGCAGCUUAUUAAUUUUAUCCUACAUCAUCUCCCCGGUUCUCUAGARUUUUGUACCUUCACUAACAAAACCGUUACUUCUGUGGUUCUCUGCAAUUAAUGUUUGGGUUCAUUUUGGGGUGUUUGACAYGAAUGCCAAACCUUCAGUGAGUUUCUCAUUUCCAGGAGGAUCUGGGGUUUAUCCAUUUCAGAAAUGCUAGCAGCUGCUCUGGCUGCCUUUGCUCAGGCUGUGCCUCUUUGGGGACAGCAGAUCUGGUCCAAAAAACCACUCUUGUCUUGCCUGCCAGGUGUUGCUCCUUAUCCUCUAUGGUMUUUUAUCUUUAAAGUGGUCUGAACGUUGAGCCUAAAGAAAAGCAAACAUGACUUGUGAAUUUUUAGGUUAGAAGCUUUUUCAACACCCACUUGUCUACUCCUCCCUCCGCAAACUCCAUGAAAAGUGAAAGAUUUUCAACUGAUUUACUUUAAAAUGUUUUAUUUAAGCAGGUAGCACAAUCUACUAAUGUUAUUUGAUCUUCUGUGUUUGUUACAUUGGUUGUAAUUAAUUUUUUUAAAUUAAAUUAAUUCAAGAAUUAGUAGUAAAUUUAUUAAGUUAACUAUUAACUACAUUCACUUUGUAAAUUAUUGUAUAAAACUUAUUGACAAUGCACUGACUUUAGAAAGAUGUUAAUGUACAUAAAUGCCUUGUAAAUAAAAUAGUGUUGAUGUACUGGAAUAUGAGCUGUAUUAAAACAAAGGUAUUGGUAAUUGUAUAUGGAGUGAACCUGUUUAUCUGUAACUAUAUUAUUCAAACAAAUUAAAUACUGUGGAUGCAGAUGAAGUGUCACUUCUUGUCAGAU